UGUGUCAAGGUAUAUCAUUCCAAAACAUUGCGUUAUAUAGCAUGCUCCGAUUGUCUGACCUUUCCGCAGGCUUUGAUUGCGCUUAAAACGCUCCUUUUUUCCAUUAGUUUCUAUACAAUAGAAUACCUGAACAUACAAUCAAAUGUGGCAGGUAUUGUCACGGAGUUUGUGUUCCACCUAUCAAUAAUGAAUGUUUCCCUUUCUUCGUUCCUUUACCAAUGGGGUUUUCUCAUUUAGAUCAGAGAUGAAGAUAGAAUUUCUUGUGAGCGUUUUAUUGUGUGCAACUAAAGUCUUUUCUUUCCAGAGUUCUUACAUACGGGACUGCCUGGACGCUCACAACGAAGUUCGAGCCCGUCAUGGAGUUCCAGCUCUUUCCUGGUCAGCAGACAUUGCUGUAAACGCACAGAAAUGGGCCAAUCACCUUGCAGCAAUAGAUCAGCUUCAGCAUGACUCCAGAACGUCUGAUGGAGAAAACCUGUUUUACAUGUAUGGUGGUGACCCCGAUCAAGCCUGUGGGCGAGCUGUUAAGAAUUGGUACCAAGAGGGUAAAAAUUAUGACUUCAGAUCUCCACAUCUGGAUGAAAGUACCAGUGAGUAAUCUUUCUGUACAAUAUAGCACCGCUUUAACGGUCUCGUUCGGUUUUGAAUUUCCAGUGUUAGCUAUCUGCAUAACUCGGGAUUAGAAACAUCCG